GUGUAGCCCUGUAUCAGUCUGUAGCUAUAAGUUGGCGCGGACUGUGCGCACGCGCAUAUAGGAGUUUUUCAUUUUCACGUAGUAUAAUUCGUUUUGGUGGUGUUUUGAAAUUGUGAUAUAAAUGUUCGUUUAUAGGAUUAAUGUAUCUACUUGAACGGUUCAGUAAUCAUGCUCAGAUAAAGCUCACCUAAGGCACUUCAAUAAGGUCUUCAUAAAAUUCAGUCAAAAUGUCAGAACAAAGCACAGAGGGGUUCAACCUCGAGGGUAUACUCAGCGAGCUCGGCAGCUUCGGGAAGUACCAGCUGCUACUGCUGAUGCUGCUCGCCUUCCGGGACUCCUUCCUCAUGAUGUGCAAUUUUAAUUAUGUGUUCACGGCCGCUGAUGUGCCCUUUCGGUGCAUCCAACCGUCCAAUAGCACACUACCGUGGGUCGACUUCCCCACGCAAGAUGGCGCCACGUGCUACAGGGGAAACGCCAGCUCGCCGGACCCCUUGCGGGUGCAGUGCGAAACGGUGGUUUAUGAGAACUACAAUAGCGUAGUUGCUGAGUUCGACUUGGGCUGCCAGCCGUGGAAGGCUACGCUCAUAGGCACGGUGCAUAACCUGGGACUGGUGUUCUCUUUCAUACUGUCCGGGUUUAUCUCGGAUCGAUACGGUCGCAAAGUGGUUAUAGUAGCUACUCCAUUAGUAGUGGGUGUGGCCGGGCUACUGAAGUCGUUCGCGGCGGACUACUGGACGCUAGUCGCGUUAGAGUUCCUGGAGACAGCACUGGGCUAUGGCAACGCGUCUAUGGUACUCUCGCUGGAGGCGGUGAGCCACUCGCAGCGCGUGGUGUUCGCGUGCCUGUCGGACACGCUGGCGAGCGCGGGCGGCGCGUGCUUCGGCCUGCUCGCCUGGCGCGUGCCCUACUGGCGCCACCUCAUGCGCGCCAUCUACGCGCCGCUGCUCGUUGUGGUGGUGUACAUCUUCGCAGUGGACGAGGGCGUGCGGUGGCUGGUGGCGCGCGGGCGGCGCGCGGAGGCGGCGCGCGUGCUGCGCAAGGUGGCCAAGGUCAACAACGUGACGCUGAGCGCGCCCGCGCGGGACUCGCUGGCGCGCAUCGCCGCCGCGGAUGACGCGUGCACGCCGCCCCCGCCGCCCGCCCCCCGCGCGUGCGGCGUGCGCGCGGCGCUGCGCUCCCGCGCGCUGUGCGCCCGCGCCGCGCUGCUCGCCGCCAGCUUCGUGUGCUGCUCCUUCGUGUUCAGCGGCGCCAUACUCAACUCCGUCACCAUCUCCUCCACCAAGUACCUCAACUUCUCCAUCAUGAUGCUGGUGCAGGUGCCGACACGGCUGGUGACGGCGCUCACUCUGACGCGCUUCGGCCGCAAGCUGCCGAUCUGCAUCGCGUACUGCUUCUGCGCUGUGUUCUUCAUGGCCUCCGCUUUUGUGCCUAAAUCGCUGUGGUGGGCGACGCUGGCGCUGUACAUGGCGGGCAAGAUGUGCAGCAGCUACGGCAUCUACUCGAUGCACGUGCUCGCGCUCGAGCUGUUCCCGACGCGCGCGCGCAACUCGCUCACCAACCUCGCCAACACCGUCGGCCGCCUCGGCUCCGUGCUCGCGCCGCAGACGCCGCUGCUGGAGAGCUACCUGCCGGGGCUGGCGAGCAUGACGUUCUCGCUGGCGGCGCUGGGCCCCGCGCUGCUGGCGCUGGCGCUGCCCGACCCCGCGCGCGCCGCGCUGCCCGACCGCCUCGACGACGCCGAGCGCCUCGCCGCGCCCGCCCCGCAGCCCGCCGCGCAGCUCGCCCCGCAGCCCGAUACGCAGCCCCACCCGCCCAGCCACGAGACCGUCAAGGAGCGCUUGUGAGCUUGUGAGAGGGGCAGGGAAUAGUGAACACUUCUCCGUGCUCAAGUGAUUGGUGAAAGGAUUCAGGUUGAGGCGAGACUGCCGAGAACCACUUGUGAAGGGGGGAAGGGGUAGUGAAUAUUGAACAUUUUACUAUUCUUAUUGAUUGGCAAAUAAGUAAAUAAUUAAUGCGCGAUCUGCAUCUCCCCAGUAUCGUAUUCUCGCUCGCGCGAUGCGGCGGCUCUUUCAUUCACAGCUGCAUUACUGAUGAAGUUUUAGAUGACGAACUACUUGACAGGAAGAAUAUUGUUACUCUGGAGACCGUGAAGGAAAGUCUCAUUAAAUGGUAUGGCGGAAGGGAGAAGUGACGAAAAUCAUAGUUUGAUGUAUCAACAGUAAUGAUGUGAAAUUUUAAAGAACAGAAAAAAUUCAUCACGAAGCGGAAUUCGAGCCCGCGUCAUUUUUCCAAAAGGUAGCAAUACCUAGCCUCUCGUCCAGCCGUUGUCCCACCUCAGCAAUGAUGGUUAAGUUAGUAAACUAUAGUGGCACGCACUAGUAACUAGUAAGCAGCUUGAGCGCGUUACGAUACUGGUUAAGCUCACAGACACUGUAAGAAUGGAUGG